UGAUACUAAGCCUUACAUUGGUCACAAUGGUCAGAAUUUACUGAUCGGUUUUGUAAUUCCUCUUAAUUGUUUCCAUAGGCUAUGUUUACUUGUCAGGUUAUAAACAAGAAGAUGUUGCUCUGUCAUGUCUGGACACAAAUGUGACAGGUUCAAGCUCCAACAGAUUUAGAUGGUCAAAGUAUGCCACAGGUUCCAGUCCGACUGUCAUCUUUGACUGGCCAAAGAAAUCCCAGGACACCAAACGUGUCGUAUUAGGAGAAGAUCAAAAUGGGAAAACGUGUCUUUAUCUGAAAAACCUGCAAAAGUCUGACGCAGGGAUGUACAGGUGGGAAAUCUGGGAUGGAUGGGACAUUGUUCUGGUCCAAAACAUAUCUUUGAAAAUAAAAGACUGUAAAGUCCACCAAGCAGUGAAGGCAGCACCUGGUAGAUCCGUUAAGAUCGACUGCCAAGAGUAUGCAACACCAGGCCAGCAAGCGCUUUCAAACAUCUCUUGGGCAAAGCUGAAAGGAAGCAAUCGCAUAUCUGUCGACUCUGAAAGAAUUCAAAUGAACGGCACUUACUUGGCUAUCCAGUCUGCAAAAGCAAGUGACUCUGGAUGGUACCGAUGCACAUACACGCUUGGAGAAACUCAGCGCUGCUCUGACAUCAAUCUACGAAUUCAAGACCCCUUGGAUAGCUUUGAGGCCACAACUGCUACAGUUCCUCCAGUCACAACUGCUGAGGAAGUACUGACGGUCAGAGUAACUGUGCAGAUUUCUGGGCCAGGCGAGAGAAAUGAAACCCUGAUUCCGGCCGUGGUCUCAGUCGCCGGGGUGAUCCUUCUACUUGCAGCGCUGGCAGGAUUUUUCAUUCACCGUAGACGUAAAACGCAGAGCCCCACCCGACAAAUACAGAUGCGAGCUGCAGUGUCCACUGAUGCGUACGAAAAUCUGACUCUUCCAUAUUCACCGCAUGCAGGAGAUCGUGUCAACAGUCUGUACCAGUUCCCAGAGGAAAGCGUGCUUACUUUUAAGUAUUGAAACAAAUAUGUCUUCUAUGAUAAAAUUCUGUUUAAAUCUUAAACCCAUUAAUGCUUUCUCUUUUGUUGCAGUUCAAAUGUAUUAAUUUUCAAAUCAUUCAUGGAAAUGAGAAGAAUUUCCUCUCUUCUCCGCUCUAUCGUCUUGUUCGUAUUGAUUAAUGUAAUGAUUGAUAUCUCCCACAUUAAAUUAAAAAUGUUCCACUAACAAUGUAAUCUAUGAAUAAAAUAUCCAUCCAAGUUGAUUACGGAUUUAUAGUAACACGUAAUGAUAGCAAAAGAAUAUUAUUGAAUUGUUGAUUUUCUUUGUCUUGUG